AUGGCCAUCCCUGCCGACGUGGAGUCGCCUCUGCGUCAGGUCAACCAGGAGAUCCCAUCCGCCGCCCAAAACGAUGCCACCUUCUGGUGGAACGCCUUGUCCCAGCCGAUGGCCACGCUCUUCCAGACCAACAACUACACCGAAGAACAACAAUUGUACUACCUCCGCUGGUUCCGGCAGUGGAUCAUGCCGGCCCUAGGCCCCCAGCCCAACCCGGCCGACGGCAAGCCUCACUACGGCGCCUGGCUCACCCACGACGGCUCGCGCCUCGAGUACAGCCUCAACUGGAAGGAAAAGAAGCACGAGCAGACGAUCCGCUUUACCAUCGAGCCGGCCUCGCGCGAGGCCGGCACGCCCGCCGACCCCCUGAACCAGAAGGCGGCCAAGAAGCUCCUCACGGACAUGGCCAAGGCGCUCGACGGCGUCGACCUCACGCGCUUCGACAUCUUCCACGACGAGACCCGCGUGCCCGACGACGCCGCCGACGAGAUUAUCGCCAAGAACCCGCCCGGCGCGCCCCUGACCGGCACCUGGGUCGCCUUCGACCUCGAGCGCGGCGCCAUCGUCGCCAAGGCCUACUUCCUGCCGCACCUCAAGGCCAUCUGGAGCGGCAUCCCCACAAAGACAAUCGUCUUCGACGCCAUCCGCCGGUGCAACGGGCCCCUCGGCUCCUAUGACGCGCCCAUCGCCGCCCUCGACGCCUACCUCGAGUCCUUCCCCGCCGCCGACGCGCCCCAGGUUGUGCUGUUGGCCAACGACUGUGUUGUCGACUCCCCGGCAUCCCGGUCCAAGGUAUACGUCCACCCGUCCGUCCCGGGCUCCCUCGCCGCCGCCAAGGACAUGUUCAACCUCGGCGGCCGGCUCACCGGCCCCGCCACCGCCAAGGGUCUGGAGGCCAUCAGCGACCUCUGGUGUCUCCUCUUCGGCCUGGACCGCGCGGACCCCGCGUCGGAGGAGAAGGUUGUCCUGCCCGACGGCCGCAAGUUCCUCUGCGUCUACGAGAUGAGGCCGACGCAGGAGGGCCAGGAGAGCCAGGCCGGGCCCGACAUCGAGGUGAAGCUGCACAUCCCGGGAUGGCGUCUCGACAAGACGGACGAGGAAGUCAACGGGCUGCUCGAGAAGUGGUUCUCCGACCACGGCCACGAUGACCUCGCCGCGAGGUACCGGGCCGACUUGGCCUCCACGUUCCCCAAGCACAACCUCGGAGCGGACAGUGGAACUCACACCUGGAUCUCGCUCACGUGGACGGAGAAGACCGGUCUGUACAUGACCAUGUACUACACCCCGAAGCUUCCCGAGUUCUACUUUGGCGGCAACUAG